UUUCUAUUUCCAAGUAUAAAAGCUCGGAGAAAUGAUUCAGACGUAUCCAUAACUUUCGGCGAAAGGUGAUACCAAUAGUAACGCAGCCAAAAUGUCGAAGGUUCUUGUAGUACUGUCGGUAAUAUCCGUCACCUUAGCGGCACCUGUCAUCUAUGAUGAGAUAGUACCUGCCAUUACAUGGCGUGUGGGUCGUGCACCCGACGUGGCAUUCGGGUUCGGCAGUGGUUUUAGCAGUAACAUCGGUGGUAUCAGCCACUCCUCGGGAAUCGGUGCUUCCUAUCAAAGUGGUGACGCUCAGGCCUACGGCUCCGGUGUCGGAGCUGCAGAUGGCAAUUUCGCCAGAGGAAUUGGCUAUUCUCAGGCUGCACCCCAUUAUGCACCAGCCCGACCAUUCAUCGCACCGGCACAUCAACAAUCCUCAGCAUCAGCUUUCAAUAACGGAUUCGAUAGAAACUACGGAUCAGCUUUAUCAUCAGCACAAAACUUCGGCAACUUUGGCUCGGCAGUAUCAUCUGCUCAAAGCCACAAUGGCUUCGGAUCAGCGAUAUCAUCGGCACAGAACAACGGCUUGGGUAACUUCCAAUCCGCUCAGGCAUCCGCUCAAAAUCAAGGCCUCCGAGGAUACGAAUCAGCUGUUUCCAGCGCCAGCAAUCACGGUUUGGGUUACAACUCAGCACUCUCGUCCGCUAACAAUGCUGGUAAUUUCGGAUCAGCUGUUUCUCUAGCCCAGGGUCACGGACCAAAUCACAUUGGCCAAGCUAUUUCUGCCUCCCAGAACAUCGGUGGUUUCAAAUCCAGCAUUGCACACAGCUUCCAACAAAAUGGCGCCUCCAUUCAACAAAGUGACGCCAGCAGCAUUAACGCUCCAGGGAUCCAGUCAUCACAAGCGCAUGCCUUCAAUAACAACUUUUAUUGAAUAUAAUACAUUGUAAUUUAAUAAUUAUUUAUUUAUUUCAAAGAUGUCAAGAAGAUUGUUAAACACUUAUCUUGAUAUCUUUAUUUUUAAAACAUUGAAUGUAUUGAAUUGAAGUAUAUUAAUAAAAUGGAUGGAGGUACAA